GUGACGAGCGAGGUGUUCAGGCGAUAGAUGCUAAAAUGUAUGAGAUGAUGUAUAUGCAGAUGUAUUCUCAACCUAUGCUCGUCGCAGCAAUUCAUGAGCGCAAUUCAGGUUCAUUUGCACCGCAAUUUUUGAGUGAACUGGCUCCUGCCUGUCUCUGGCCCUGGUUUGCGAUUACAUUCACUUUUACUGUAAUCACGGCGAACAGUGUUCUAUGUCUUUUUCUAUCCAUUGCUCCCCCUCAUGCUGCUUGCUGAUUAGCAAGCUCCUUGAACAACUCUGGCAAGACCUCCUCGCAUCCGCCUCUGAAUCUGAAGUCCGCGCGCUCGUCCGCCUCGCUGGGCUCCCGAUUGAAGAUCGCGACAGUUCCCCCAUGCCGGUGGACGCGGUACGCAUAAGUCGACGCAGGGCGG